GGCACACUGACUUCAUCCGUCUGCACCGGAGCCGCGCACACUGUGGGACACACACUGUGGCUUAUACCGCGCCUUUAUUUGUUUUUUUUUUUCUAUCGAAGGAACUUGUUUUUGACUCGGCAACUUUUACUUAUGGUUCGUGAAAAUGGGGCUAAGUUGUGGUUUCUCUCGUGGAAACAUCGCUGUGCUGCUGCUGCUGCUGCUGCUGCUGGAAGGAGUGACAGCCCUGUACUUCCCUCAGAAUGAGUACAUCGAGACGGUGUACGUGGGCCAGCCGGCAGGUACGCCCAUCCUCCAGGUCCACGCCAUGCUGGACAAUGACUCAGAGCGGCCACAUUUCUACCUGUGCUGGAGCUCGAUCAGACGUCCAGCCUACAGCUCCUGGUUCCACCUGGACGUCAACACUGGAAUAUUGUCCUUGAACAAAACUCUGGAAGAGAACGACUUUGCCAUCCCAAAUCAACAUUCGUGGUCCGUGAAGAAGUUGGGCCUCCACGCCACGGUUUUACCAAACUUCUCCAGGAAGCCCCACUGCAUCAACAAGAACUCGCCUCGGAUCACGCUGGACUUUGUCAACGCCACGUUGCCCCAGUGCACCCACACAGAUAUGAAGGAGCUCUGCUUCCCCCAUAGAGACACCUCCAACCCUCACAUAAUGGAGAACAGGUUCCCCGGGGCCAUACGACAACUGCGACGACUCACCAGACUCAACGUCUGCCCCAACUACACCAUCUCUUACAACGUGGAGUCAGAAACCCCGGCACCGUUCGCUGUGAAUGAGAACAGCACAGAGCUGGUGGUGACGGCCCCACUGGACCGCGAGGAGAGUGAGUGCUACAGACUCCUACUGGUCUGCACAGUCCGAACAGACACAGUCAUCACCAAGGUGGAAACCUCCCUGGACGUGUUCGUCAUGGACGAGGAUGAUAACGCACCAUAUGUGAACGGGACGGACACGACGGACAUCGUUAUCAGCUUCAAUCGGACAAAGGGUGGCUCUUUUGGAACCUUGUAUGUCUUUGACAGGGAUUUAACCCCCAUCUAUCACAUAGACAACAGCCACAGUAAGUACGCCGGGACUUUGCUCAACAGCAACCCAUGGAUAAACAAAACAUUCGAAAUAAAAGGCACCUUCAGUGAAAAGAAAGCAGCUCAUGGAGGCAUUCGAGAGACCGUCCACGACUACCGUAAGUAAACCCAAGUACUAAAAUUUAUGUUUCUAUGAACACUGUACUCAAUAUGUGUGCUGACUCACUCUCAAACAGUGAGACUGCCACCUGCUGGUUACUUACUUACCAUGUAUAAUAAUGUCCAACUUUCAUUCCCUUGUCUCCUUCCUUCUCAGGUUGGCAGAGUGUGUGUGGAAAACUGCCAGCAGUUUGAUGGCUUCAGCGUCACGUACCGGCUCGAGGUUCCAGAUAAGAACGUGUCUGCUGAGCUGCAGUCCUGCUAUGCAGCCAUAAGCAUCACCCAGGCUCCCGACCAGAUGUGGGGGCUGCUCUACGUAAACGACUCGGAGGCUUUGCGCAGGCCUGAGUGUCAGGACCUGCAGUACUCUGUUGUAGCCCAGGAGGAGCACACGCAGCAGGAGGCCAGCACACAGAUCCACAUCAUACUAGAUAGUGAAGUAAACAAGGCCAGUCAGGAGAACCAGCAGUUCCUGUCCUGUGCUGAGAACAGACGACGAGGAGACUGUGAGUCUGUCCGAGGCCUGGGAGCAAAAACGGGGAGGUGUCAGUGGAGGCAAGGCACAGAGAAAGGGAUAUCUGAAAAUUACUCGACCUGCUCCCCUGACCUGCGGACAUGCCCUGACAGCUUCUGUGAUGCAGUGGAAAGCAAAGAUUCAUCAAUAUGCCCCCAAGACUGUACAAAGGAGACUGUGAUCGGAGGUCACGAACGAGGCGUGGGGAACGGGAUCAAGGCCGGAUAUGGAACUUGCUACUGCUACUUGGAAAGAUGUUUCUGUGAGAAGGAAGAUAUCGAGGAGGCGAUAUGCGACGACAUGUGUAAAACCAUCAUCGCCACCUCCCUGCUGCUCUCCUUCGUCGUCUCCAUCCUCCUCUCCUCAUACUUCAUUCACCGGUAUCACAAGAACUCUUCCAAGCCGCCCAUCGCCUCUGCAGAGAUGACAUUCCGUCGGCCGGCUCAGGCUUAUCCAAUCAGCUUCCCUGCGAACAACUUACGCCGUGGCUCUCAGGAAUCCAUCGAGACUGACACCUUUAAAAUACCUGAGGAUCCAAAGUGGGAGUUUCCUCGUAAAAACCUUGUACUUGGCAAAACUUUAGGAGAAGGAGAGUUUGGAAAAGUGGUCAAGGCAACAGCGUUCAGGCUGAAAGGAAAAGCAGGUUACACCACCGUGGCUGUGAAAAUGCUUAAAGAGAACGCCUCACACAGUGAGCUGCGUGACCUGCUGUCAGAAUUCACCUUACUGAAGCAAGUCAACCACCCGCACGUCAUAAAGAUGUAUGGAGCAUGCAGCCAGGAAGGUCCAUUGUAUCUGAUCGUGGAGUAUGCCAAGUACGGGUCACUCCGCAACUUUCUGCGCGAGAGUCGGAAAGUUGGCCCGAGCUACAUGGGCAGGGACGCCAACCGAAACUCCAGCUACCUGGAGAACCCAGAUGACAGGGCUCUCACCAUGGGCGACCUGAUCUCGUUUGCAUGGCAGAUCUCCAGAGGCAUGCAGUACCUGGCUGAAAUGAAGCUUGUUCACAGGGACCUCGCAGCACGAAACGUUCUGGUAGCUGAGGGAAGGAAGAUGAAGAUCUCAGACUUUGGCCUUUCCAGAGACGUGUACGAAGAGGACUCAUAUGUUAAGAGGAGCAAGGGUCGUAUUCCUGUUAAAUGGAUGGCAAUAGAAUCCUUGUUUGAUCACAUUUACACAACGCAAAGUGAUGUCUGGUCCUUUGGUGUGCUGCUGUGGGAGAUAGUGACACUUGGAGGAAACCCGUACCCAGGCAUCGCCCCCGAACGCCUCUUUAACCUCCUCAAGACCGGCUACAGAAUGGAGAGACCCGAGAACUGCUCAGAAGAAAUGUACAACCUCAUGCUUCGCUGCUGGAAACAAGAGCCAGACAAGAGGCAGACAUUCUCAGACAUCAGCAAGGAGCUUGAAAAGAUGAUGGUGAAAAGUCGGGAUUACCUGGACCUGGCGGCGUCCACACCGGCCGACGCCCUGCUGUACGACGACGCCCUCUCUGAAGAGGACACACCACUAGUGGACUGUAAUAACGCCCCUCUCCCUCGAACCCUCCCCUCCACAUGGAUUGAAAACAAGCUCUAUGGCAUGUCAUACCCGAACUGGCCUGAGAAGAGCCCGGUACCGCUCAACAGACAUGACGCCACUAAUCCAGUCUUUACAAGAUAUGCCAAUGAUAGUGUUUAUGCAAACUGGAUGGCUUUGCCUUCACCCGCAAAAGCUGUGGACAAGCUCGAUAGCUAAAGACAAACCGACUCUGUAGAAAAGAUGACUAAUUGGUAGAUGUAUAUAUUUCUAUAAGACUGUAUAUAUAUGCGAUCUGAUGCUAAAGUUGGUUCCCUUUUAUUUCUGUUGCAUGGGUAUUCAAGAUUUAAAACUGAGGUCUUUCUGCUGCAAAACUGGCUGGAUCAACAUAGACCAUGCUUCAUUCUGCUCUUCAGUAUGUUAAUUAUUACCUCAUGGGUCAUGUUGGCCAAGUUGUAUCACUGCAUGACUAGUGUACCAGAUUGUAUGUCAGUGUCAAUGUCUUUUUAAGUGCCUGUGCCGCUUCUACAAUAGCCUGCAAUUGUUAAUGUGUGACUGUGAAGAUCUUGCUCCAGCCCAGGAAUUAAAGGGGACGUCUUUAUCAUCAACCUGUUGUAGACAGCUGGGGAUUGACUGAGUGGACAAGGGAACAAAAGCGAAAUGCUGACCUUGUUCUGAAAAUGUAAAGUUUCUACUGUAGGAGGAUCGUGCUCCUCAAAAAAAUGUCAAAGACCCAUUUUGUGUUUCCCCCACAAGAUGUUUCAAAGCUGUUGUUGCCAAAGAAAAGUAACACAGAGAUGUGAACGGUUUUCUUGCUUUUGUUUUUUAUGAUAUUGUUUUUUACAUGAAAAAUAUCAACUAGUGAGUGCUCCUUCAGUGUCAGGACAUGAGACUUCAUGUCGAUUGUAACCAUGUCCUCUGUUCACUUUUUGAUUCAGUGUCCUUGUGGAUAAACCAUGAUUAUGUAAACUAAGGAGUGUUAUCAUUGUUAUGUUGUUAUUAUUUGAUUAUGUUACAUUAAUAAUAAACAUU